UUUAAAUACAAACUCCAUUUCGACACGUCAGAGCAUUGAAAGCAACAUCAGUGACCGGUGUGCAUAAAACAUGGUUACCAAGCAGGCCUCUAGUGGUGACUUAAACAACUCUAUACGUAAUAUGAGAUGGGAUGACGUACGACGCACUAUCAGAAGCAGGCCACAACUCGUCAAUGACAAAUAUCUUGGCGUGGCGUCAUUACAUACGUUAGUACUGGCCAAAGCACCACAAAAUCUCAUAUUAGAAAUUUUGGAAUUUGCAAAAGAAGAAGUUAUUAAUGACGUAAAUUUGGAGAAGGCUGGUAGAAGUAUUUUACAUUACUUGGCUUUCUAUGGGUACGUAGACGCACUGCGUCACGUAUUGGAAAACUCACAAAAACGUGUCAAUUGGCAAACCGAGUCCAACGUGUAUGUGCAGAAUAAGUGUGAUGAGUAUGACAGUACAAAGAAACAGAAAGAAGAGAUCUUACAAAUCUUGUACAGCGUCGCAGUUCCAAGAGAAGUAUUAGCAAGAGGUAAAGAAGCUCGGGUGGCGUUUAACAAAGAGUUAGAAAAGAGUCAGAUCAUCCCAGUAAACAACUCGCAGAUAAUAGCAGUUCGUGAAUUAAAAGGCAUUGUAAAAACAAUAAAGCUGGAAUCAAACGUUAUGAAAAAGUUGAAUGAGAGAAUUGAAAGAGUAAAUGGCACCAUUUCAACUGCUACUGCUACUGCGAAAGCAAUUCACGAGUAUUUUCUUAUGAAACAAAAAUCCAAAAAGAAAUCAAAAGGCAAUGUAAGGAAAAAAAGGAAACUAUCUCAUCCUACAUCAACUACGGCAAAUGUACCUGUAUCUUCAACUGAGGAUGCUGAAGUGUUGAAAUUAUCUGUAAAGGAACAUAACACAGGUUGUUACUAUUGGAUUAAUAUUUCAAAAGUGGUAUAUCUUGUUUCAAACCUGCAUUAUUCUAGUCCUCUUUAG